AUGCCCCCGAAAGGAACUUCUACCCAAGUCGAACCACGAGCUAGAGAACCAAUAUCAACUUCAAACACCAACAAUGACGGUUCAAACGUCGACAAGUCUUUAGGGCUCAUCGCGUGGACUCAUCCCGAGGACUCGUCUCAAGGGCUCGUCUCAAGGGCUCGUCUCGGGCUCGUCUCAAAGGGCUCGUCUCAAGGGCUCGUCUCGAGGGCUCGUCUCAAAGGGCUCGUCUCAAGGGCUCGUCUCAAGGGCUCAUCUCAAGGGCUCAUCUCAAGGGCUCGUCUCAAGGGCUCGUCUCGAGGGCUCGUCUCAAAGGGCUCGUCUCAAGGGCUCGUCUCAAGGGCUCAUCUCAAGGGCUCGUCUCGAGGGCUCGGUGGCUCUCCUCAAGGGCUCAUCUCAAGGGCUCGUCUCAAGGGCUCGUCUCAAGGGCUCGUCUCAAGGGCUCGUCUCGAGGCUCGUCUCAAGGGCUCAUCUCAAGGGCUCGUCUCAAGGGCUCGUCUCGAGGGCUCGGUGGCUCUCCUCAAGGGCUCAUCUCAAGGGCUCAUCUCAAGGGCUCGUCUCAAGGGCUCGUCUCGAGGGCUCGUCUCAAAGGGCUCGUCUCAAGGGCUCGUCUCAAGGGCUCAUCUCAAGGGCUCGUCUCGAGGGCUCGGUGGCUCUCCUCAAGGGCUCAUCUCAAGGGCUCGUCUCAAGGGCUCGUCUCAAGGGCUCGUCUCAAGGGCUCGUCUCAAGGGCUCGGUGGCUCUCCUCAAGGGCUCAUCUCAAGGGCUCAUCUCAAGGGCUCGUCUCAAGGGCUCGUCUCGAGGGCUCGUCUCAAGGGCUCGUCUCAAGGGCUCGUCUCAAGGGCUCGUCUCAAGGGCUCAGUGGCUCUCCUCAAGGGCUCAUCUCAAGGGCUCGUUUCAGGGCAUGCUCUGGGAUACCCAGGACGACACCGGGAGGAAGCCAGCUGUACUUAUACUUAUUACGUUUCCCUCUCUUGCAAUGGCAAUGGGAACAGCGGAACACCAUCUUCUCAUGUUCCCUCCCACGUCGCUCAUGAGGUAG